AUGGCAGCGUCGUCGAGAUCCGCCGUGCUCCGCUCAGCACAACUCUUGUCAUCGUCAUCACGAUCGUUCGCGACCUCGACGACACAACCGCUUCGCCUGCUCCGACCUGCUCCGUCAUUUCAACCCAGACAGCUCCUCGUACCUUCGUGGGCGGCGGGCGCGAGCAGAUAUGCAGCUUUUUCGACGACCUCACAGCGCAAGAUCCUCCCUCCUGGACCACAAGUCAUCGAGGGCGGCGUGAACACUCCCGCACCCGUGCCGAAGCCGAAUCCUCUACACGGAAGCUACCACUGGACCUUUGAGAGACUGAUGUCGGCCGGUCUCGUGCCGCUCACGAUGGUACCCUUUGCCUCGGGGAGCCUGAGCCCGACUCUGGACGCUGUCUUGAUCUUUAGCAUCCUCGUGCACAGCCAUAUCGGAUUCCAGUCUAUGGUGAUUGACUAUAUCCCGAUUAACAAGCACCCAACUUUGCGAAAGGCGUUCAUGUGGGCUUUGAACCUGGCGACUUUGGUUGUUGCAAUUGGCUUCUACGAAUUCGAGACCAACGAUGUCGGUGUCACGGAGGCGGUGAAGAGGAUAUGGCAUGCUGGCGAGAACGAUGCGACCAUCGGAAAGACCGACUUGUCGGCCCUCGGACAUGAUGGAAAGUUGAAGCACCUGAAGUAA